AUGUUCAAUCCCAACAUCACCAACCAAACCAUUCUGAUCUUUUGAUAGUUGAGUAAUAAUAGGACGAUCAUGGCCGCGAAGCUUGCAGCGUUAGUCCUCAUAAUUACUGCUUCUUCCCUGUUUGGAGUGAGCAUGGGCAACAAGGACUGGUUCUGGAACUGGGGCAGCAAUUUCAACUACACAGACUGGUGGAACUUUAAUCAUAUGAACAAAACACAGCCUCAAUCCAACACCGUUGUGGUGGGUGGCUCUCAGAAUUGGCACUUCGGCUUCAACUACACUGACUGGGCCAUGAAGAAUGGGCCCUUCUACCUCAACGAUACCCUCGUGUUCAAGUAUGAUGCUCCAAACGCGACGUCGUUCCCACACAGCGUGUACAUGUUCUCGGACUUGAGGAGCUUCAUGAGCUGUGACCUGAAGAGAGCGAAGAUGGUGGCGAAUCCCAAACAGGGUGGAGGGCAAGGGUUCAGGUUCGUCAUCAAGAAGUGGAAGCCUCAUUACUUUGCAUGUGGCGAGAGAAAUGGCUUCCAUUGCAGGAAUGGUCUCAUGAAGUUCGCCGUCUUCCCCAUGAUUCGCCCUUUCACCCCCUGGCCUUGGCAAUUUUCCCAGUCCCGUCCAUGAUAUAGAUGAACACAAUACAUAUACUCUACAUCCAUUAUAGCAAGUUACGCUUUAUAGAUACACGUCACUUAUACAUCCAAGCAUAAAUAAAGCAAUAUGUUUCAUCUCUGUUGAAUAUAGUUCUACUCAAAAUAAGGCCAAACAUCUGAAUUACACUCUUCUGGGGACACUGUAAUUGAUAUAUGUAAAAAGGGCUUGUCAGUGUUGAACUCACUGUUAUAUACACAGAAGCUAAGUCUCGUUUGAGUGCUUCGUGCUCUACACCUGUGGAUUGGUGAUUUCGUUUAACCCGAUCAAUAUUUGUACCAUGUGUGAGCUUGAUUAGCAAGACCAAAGUUCACUUUAAAG